CUCCGCCGGCGGAUCAUCACUCUCGGGCUGGGAUGGACGCGGGGCGGGCGGGCUCUGGCGCGCGGAGCCAGGAGUCCGGGCCUCCCGGCUGCUGAGCGUCCCCCGAAGACUACUCCCACCCCCGCCUUCCCUCUUAGGAGCCGCGUCGACCUCUGCCUCGAGGCUCCGGACUCGGCUCCCGCCCUCCUCAGACUCCCCGGACCUCCCCCUCCCGCCCGCCCUCGGGAUCGACUAGAUCCCUCCCCCUCCCCGAGGAUUCCGGCUGGAUCCCUGCCCCUGCACCGCGGAUCCUGCGCUCUGGGGCCCCGGGCCCCUGGGGAUUGCCGUGGACUCCUCCUCCAGCAUCCGAUCCCUUAGGAUCCUCCGCCUGGACCGCCUUCUGGUCCCUCGAAGCGGGCCCACGGAGCCAGUGGAUCUCCAAUCCAGUCCUGUCCCGUUGCUCCCUCCUUGCUCUUCCGUGCCCACUGCGGGGUUCCCUGUUCUCGGGCUCCCCCUGAUCCCAUCCCCUAGCUCUCCUUUUCCCGGGGAUCGACUGGAUCCCGGCCCCGCCCCCCGGGGCUGGGGCGAUCCCCCUCCCCCGCCGGGUGAGGCGCUGCGGGCGGGGGCUGGGCCUGCGGGGCCGCGGGGGCUCAGAGGCCGCCGCCCCCCUCUCGAAGCCCGUCCGCCCCCCACUCGGAGCCCUGGAUGGAGGCACCACGGCCCCAGGGCUGAGCCAGUUCUUGGGCGUGCCCUACGCUACACCGCCCCUGGGCGCCCGCCGAUUCCAGCCUCCUGAGGCACCCGCCUCCUGGCCCGGGGUGCGCAACGCCACCACCCUGCCGCCCGCCUGCCCGCAGAACCUGCACGGGGCGCUGCCGGCCAUCAUGCUGCCUGUGUGGUUCACCGACAACUUGGAGGCGGCCGCCACCUACGUGCAGAACCAGAGCGAGGACUGCCUGUAUCUCAACCUCUACGUGCCCACUGAGGACGGUCCGCUCACAAAAAAACGUGACGAGGCGACGCUCAAUCCGCCAGACACAGAUAUCCGGGAUUCUGGGAAGAAACCUGUCAUGCUGUUUCUGCACGGAGGCUCCUACAUGGAGGGCACCGGGAAUAUGUUCGAUGGCUCAGUCCUGGCCGCCUAUGGCAAUGUCAUCGUAGCCACGCUCAACUACCGUCUUGGGGUGCUCGGUUUUCUCAGCACUGGGGAUCAGGCUGCAAAAGGCAACUAUGGGCUUCUGGACCAGAUCCAGGCCCUGCGUUGGCUUAGUGAAAAUAUUGCCCACUUUGGGGGUGAUCCGGAGCGCAUCACCAUCUUUGGGUCUGGAGCAGGGGCCUCCUGUGUCAACCUGCUGAUCCUCUCCCACCAUUCAGAAGGACUGUUCCAGAAGGCCAUUGCCCAGAGUGGUACCGCCAUCUCCAGCUGGUCUGUCAACUACCAGCCACUCAAGUACACGCGUCUGCUGGCAGCCAAGGUGGGCUGUGACCGGGAGGACAGCGCCGAAGCUGUGGAGUGUCUGCGCAGAAAGCCUUCUCGGGAGUUGGUGGACCAGGAUGUGCAGCCUGCCCGCUACCACAUUGCCUUUGGGCCCGUGGUGGACGGCGAUGUAGUCCCCGAUGACCCUGAGAUCCUCAUGCAGCAGGGAGAAUUCCUCAACUACGACAUGCUUAUCGGUGUCAAUCAGGGAGAGGGCCUCAAGUUUGUGGAGGACUCUGCAGAGAGUGAGGAUGGUGUGUCCGCCAGCGCCUUUGAUUUCACUGUCUCCAACUUUGUGGACAACUUGUAUGGCUACCCGGAAGGCAAGGAUGUGCUGCGGGAGACCAUCAAGUUCAUGUACACAGACUGGGCUGACCGGGACAAUGGCGAGAUGCGACGAAAAACCCUGCUGGCUCUCUUUACUGACCACCAGUGGGUGGCCCCAGCUGUGGCCACUGCUAAGCUGCACGCUGAUUACCAGUCCCCUGUCUACUUUUACACCUUCUACCAUCAUUGCCAGGCUGAGGGCCGGCCAGAGUGGGCAGAUGCAGCCCAUGGAGAUGAGCUGCCCUAUGUCUUUGGUGUGCCCAUGGUGGGUGCCACUGACCUCUUCCCCUGCAACUUCUCCAAGAAUGACGUCAUGCUCAGCGCAGUUGUUAUGACCUACUGGACCAACUUCGCCAAGACUGGUGACCCCAACCAGCCAGUGCCACAGGACACCAAGUUCAUCCACACCAAACCCAACCGCUUUGAGGAGGUGGUGUGGAGCAAGUUCAACAGCAAAGAGAAGCAGUACCUACACAUUGGUUUGAAGCCACGAGUGCGUGACAACUACCGCGCCAACAAGGUGGCCUUCUGGCUGGAGCUUGUGCCCCACCUGCACAAUCUGCACACCGAGCUCUUCACCACCACCACUCGCUUGCCUCCCUAUGCCACACGCUGGCCUCCCCGCCCACCUCCUGGAGCCCCUGGCACACGCCGGCCCCCACCACCUGCAACCUUGCCUCCCGAGCCUGAGCCUGAGCCAGGCCCAAGGGCCUAUGACCGCUUCCCUGGAGACUCACGAGACUACUCCACAGAGCUAAGCGUCACUGUGGCCGUGGGCGCCUCCCUUCUCUUCCUCAACAUCCUGGCCUUUGCCGCUCUCUACUACAAGCGGGACCGGCGGCAGGAACUGCGAUGCAGGCGGCUUAGUCCACCUGGAGGCUCAGGCUCUGGUGUGCCUGGUGGGGGUCCCCUGCUCCCCACUGCUGGCCGGGAGCUGCCCCCAGAGGAGGAGCUGGUGUCACUGCAGCUGAAGCAGGGUGGUGGCGUUGGGGCGGACCCUGCUGAGGCCCUGCGCCCUGCCUGUCCACCCGACUACACCCUGGCCCUGCGCCGGGCACCGGACGAUGUGCCUCUCUUGGCCCCCAGGGCCCUAACCCUGCUGCCCAGUGGCCUGGGGCCACCACCACCCCCGCCACCCCCUUCCCUCCAUCCCUUUGGGCCCUUUCCCCCACCGCCCUCCACCGCUACCAGCCACAACAACACGCUACCCCAUCCUCACUCCACCACCCGGGUAUAGGGGGCGGCAUGGGGAGGCCACCCUCCCCACCCCUCCCCAGCCUGGGCCACUCCAAGGCAGGGAGUAGGACUUGGCAACAGGCUUUUCUCCUGUGGAGUUGUCACACAUCAUCGAACAGUGUUAAGGUGGACAUGGGAUUCCCCACUGAGAUGCGUGUUUUUCCCAUGCAAAGAGGCCCAUUCUCUUCUCUGGACCUGGGCCUUUGAACAUUGGGGGGUGUUUUUUGCCCUCCACUGGGACACCAGUCUUCAGUGUGUGGAAAUGUGGAAGUCUUUUCCCACAUGGAGGUGUGCUUUCUUCAUGAGGGGGUAUUUUCCCAUGUGCAGGGUGAGGUUUUUUUUGCCGCCCUGGACACAUGUUGGCCCCCUCAAAGAAUUUCUGCGGGGAUUUGUACCCCAGAAUCCUGUUUCCUCAUGCCUUCUCCCACCUCCUCCCCCCUCCCACCCCCUGGAGACCCUGGAAGUGAUGUGUUCUCAUACAGUGACUCUUGGCCACCAGACAACACAGGGUGGUGCCUGGGGAGCAGCAAGGAAAACACAGGCCCCCCCUGCCUCCUCUCCCCCCUCCACCCCAGCAAAGCAUGUUUCUCCCCCAUGGCACAAGUCAGAUGAAGCACGUUCUCCCAGGAAGGCCCUCACCUUCCAUACAGACAGACACGGAUUUCCUGCCAGGGGGAAGGGAGAUCCGUGCAUCCCGGUGCUGCCUGGAAACUAAUUCUCCCAUGGUCCAGGAUACAUUUCUCUGAGUGGAAACAUGUUCUUGCAUGUGGAUGUGUGUUUUCCCAGGCAGAGGGUCCCUCUCUCCCCAGCACUUCCCUGCAUCCCCCCCAGCCUCAGGCCCAGCACUCCUCACAUGGCAGGUGGGAACAGACUUCAGAUUAACCUAAGCUGAGGGGGAUGUACAAACCCUGAGGAAAGGCUGGGGACCUCCCUCUCCCAGAGAUGCUGAGUUGGUAGACAGGGAAUGUGGCGUAUGCCACCCACAGAGGCCAUGCAUGUUUGACCAAAGCCCUCCUGGGGCCUGAGGACAGCCUUUCCUUCAGUCCUCAGAUCAUUGCUCAUCUGUGCCAAACUGGGUAGGUGGGAUGGAGGAGGAGAGAAAGACUCAAAAUGUGUCAAGGAUUUCACAGUCCCAGGCUAGAGAAGACGACGGGAGCAGGUAGGAUACAGGGUAGGGGGAUGUGGCAGCUAAGGAGCCCCCCUGUUGUCACUCUGAUUCCUGUGUCACCCCUCCCUCUCUGUCCCAGAUCUCCAUUCUCCAGCUCCUUCUCCCAGUUUGAAGCUGUCCCCAUCUCAGGGUCAGACCAAUCUUUUCCCCUACCCUUCUUUUACCCCUCCCCCUUGCUGCCAGGGCCAAAGGAAAAGAGCAAUGUGUGUGUGUUUGGGGGGGGGGGUGGGUAACAGGGAAAAAGGUUUCAUGGACAGCUUGGGGAAUGAGGUCAGUUGCACUGAGGAACAGAUGGAGGGGGCCAUGGGGGACAGGGCUUGUUCAAACACCAGCAGGAAGAAUUUGAAAGGAAAUGUGUGAGGCUACUGCCCAGAGGUCCUUGGGUUUGUGCCUCUGAGGAAAAGAACCAUGUAGGAAAGGGUUUUAAGGGCUGGAUACAAUGGCACACACCUGUAUUCUGAGCAACUGAGGAGGCUGAGGCAGGAGGAUUGCAAGUUUGAGACCAGCCUUAAGAACUUAGCAAGGCCCUAAGCAACUUGGUGAGACCCUGUCUCAAAAUUUAAAAUAAAAACAAAUGUUGCUUAGUGGUAAGCACCCCUGAGUUCAAUCCCUGCUUCAAGAAAAGAAAGGGUUUUAUGGAACAACAAUAGAGGAGGGUGAAUCCUCAGCCUGCUGUAUGGCUUUCUGUGGGAUGCUACUGCCAAACUUGAGUAAGGGUGGGAUGCCAUCUUCUACUGGCACCCAGGUCCAGGAUCCCUGGUUGUGAGUCCCAGAACAUUGCCUCUUCACUGUCCCUUCUCCUACCUCCACCCAUGGAAACGUAGUUCUUUUCUGGCCCUUUCCCCUGCCUGGUCUAGCUCCUCUUGGAACAGCCAUGCCCUCCAAAUGCUAGCGACCUGGGCCCUGAGCCCCGUAGGCAGAUGCCCCCAGAACCAGGGCAUGGGAGGGGGGCUGGGGGACUCCAUGAUUCAGCCACGGACUCCAAUGCCCAGCCCCUCUCUCCAGAACAAUCCCUGACAGUCCCAUGUCCCCACCCCAACCCUUUGCGGCUCUGUACACAUUUUUAAACCUGGCAAAAGAUGAAGAGAAUAUUGUAAAUAUAAAAGUUUAACUGUU